AUGGCAACUCUAGAAGAUAAAAUACUGGGCGAAAAGCUGCACAACUACUGCAGUAGCAGCGAAGAGAGCGACAACGAAAAUUCUAAUUCGGAUUCUGAGGAGGCAAAUAAACAAAAAGGUGCCACACCAGGAACGACUUCUCCCCCGGAAAUUAAUAAAUGGGAAGGCACUUCGACCAACACGGGCCCCAAAGGUGUAAUAAAAGAUUGGCAAAGGUACAAGCAACUAGAGAACGAAAAGAGGGAGGAAGAUGAAAGGGAGAGAAUCGAAUUGAUGAAGAAAUUGACUCUGUCUGUCCAAUCGGCCUUAGAUGAGGAAAGGGAAAAGGCUGCUCUGGAAGAUCCAGAUCUUGCUGAACUGCUUAGCGAUGAGUUCUUAGUUAAAUAUCAGAAGCAACGCAUGCAAGAAAUGCUCCAACAGACUAAUCACAACAUAAAGUUUGGCGACUUGAUCUUCUUGAAGAACGGCCAAGAAUAUCUCGACGCCAUCGACAAAGAACACAAGUCCGUAAUGAUAAUCAUUCACAUAUACGAAGACAACGUGGAAGCGUGUCGUGCUAUGAACGCUUGCCUUAAGGUCCUUUGCAAGAUUUACGAAAACGUCAAAUUUUGUGCCAUUCACGGAUCGAAAGCUGGCAUCAGCCGACAGUUCAAGACCGACGGGGUCCCCGCUUUGUUAGUGUACAAGUCUGGGAAUCUCGUCGGUAACUUUGUACGGUUGUCCGACGACCUGGGCAAUGACUUUCAACCCGAGGACGUGCAGGGACAUCUCGUCGAACACGGAUUGUUAGAAGAUAAAUCCUGUACCCCUGUUCUGAUCAAAGGCGCUUCGUCAGGUAGCGAUAGCGAUUAAACGGACCAAAACCUUGGGACGGUGCUUUUUUUUUGUAAGUUUUCCUGACGUUACUGACGUACGACGUUAUUUGGCUCAAACGUAUGCCUUGUCAGGACUCAUUGAUUUUUUAUUUUUUAUAGAUCUUGAUCGGGUAUCAUCUUUGAGAUGUUUUUUUGGUUUUUGCAGUAUUAUGUAGUUUUUUUUUACCCGUCAUUUACGGAUCGUUUUAUUUCGACACAACUGUAUUCUCAUAAGGUGUUCAUAUUAAGAAAAUAUGUACUUGUAAGUGUAUAUUUAGAGGAAUUAAACCAUUAUAUUAAUGGUGCAAAUCGAGGUAACAUAUUGCAAAAUCCUUACCAGUUUAUUUUUUAAAACGUGAUUUUCAUGGAGGCUACAAAUACCGGACCUUUGUAUUUUUUAUAUUAUUUUUAUGCGGUAUCUUUGUAUUUUGUAAUUAAAUUACGAAGAAAUUAAAUAUGGCUUGUCUAAUAUUUUGUAUUUUGCUACCUGCGAUAUUUUAACGGUCAUGUUUCAGUUUUUAAAUAAAAUUAUUUCGGUCGGACAAAAAAUUUGAAGCAUUUCCUUUUAAAUUCGUAGCGACAAAGUCAAAGCGAUGACGUUGCAUGUUUAUUAAUUACUUAAAAGCUCCAGAUAAAAAUAUUUAAAACUGAGUGAUCAAAAGUACAAAUUUAGAAAACAGGAAAAUAACGUUUUCCAAAUAAAUUUCUUGAACGAUUUUUAUGUAUAUUUUUUGUUGUUUUAUUUUACAAAUAUCGUAAUUUAUCAAAUUAAUUUUCGGGUCAGCAUCGACUCGACGUCGGCCACCAAAAUUAGUGUCGUUAGUGAUCAGUAUUAAAAUCUGACGCUCGAAACGAGCACGAGACUAUUAUCGUACCAUAAGAGAGGCAAGUAAUUUUGUGAUCUCCACUUCUCCAUAGUACCCAGUGCUUUGUUGUUAUAUAUUUCGUUUAUGUGAUAUGUUGCCGUAUUCCGUAUGUUCCUGUAACUCGGAAACGUAUGGAUCGUAAAAAUUUGAUGUCGAAAGGUUAUAUUAUUGUGUCUGUUCCGGUAUGACGUCUGUCAGACUGCGCGCCUCGAGAGAUUUUAAAAUGUAAUUCUACUUAGGAAGCGUUAUUUCGGGACUGCACUUAGUCGUAUGAUAAUUUACCUUAAGAUUAAGUACAGAAUAUAAAUUUCAUUAAUCAUAUCCGUGAAUAUUUCACGUCUAUUUAGGUGCGUAAACAUCUCUAGUUAUUUAUAUGGUUGUGGUCUUUGUAUAGUCAGUAUCGAGCGUAAUCGAUUCUCAGUAUCUUAGUCUUUGGACAUCCUUAAGGUAAAACUGACUAAAACAUGUUAUAUUCUCCUACUUUUCUACUUCCGUGUAUCGGUGCAAUAAAAUGUAUACAGUUUG